CCAGCUAGCUCAGUUGUGUCAGUCAGAUGAUUGUCCAAACAAGGACACUUACACGGGCGUCAGUUUACAUCCUCAAAAUACUAAUGUACAGCUGAGAAAAUGAAGAAAAACAAGGGAAAGGUGAACACCACCACUGAGAAGGAGUUUGUAUUUCGGUUCAGGGCAGGGAGGAAUGUCUGUGUCCUCAAAGUACCUCUGCAAUUCCCUGUCCAAGAAAAUGUCAGUGACCUUCAUGGACGACUUAUGCUGCUGCACAAAAUACCUUGCUUCGUUGAGAAUGAACUGAAGAGCACACUGUCCACCUUUAUUGAGAGUGAAACCAUCCAGGACUAUGACAGAGAAGCAGAGUUGGCCCUACAGAGACUGACAACAGGAGAGGUGGACAUCAACCAGCUUACAAACACAUGGGCUAAGGCCUACUCUGAGACAACGCUGGAACAUGCUUGUCCUGAGGAGCCCUGCUGGGAUGAGGACUUUGCAGAUGUUUACCACGAGCUCAUCCAUUCCCCGGCCUCUGACACCCUGCUCAACCUGGAACACAACUACUUUGUCAGCGUCUCAGAGCUCAUCAGUGAGAGAGACAUGGAGCUGAAUAAGUUACAAGAGAGACAGGCAGCAGAGAUGGACAAAGUCAUGCAGGAGCUGGGAAAGACCAUGACUGACCAGGAUGUAAAUGCAGUUGCCUCUCAACACUUCGAUGCCCAGCAGGUGCUGGAGAACAAGUGGGCCAAUGAACUGAAACAGGUGACUCAUAUUCAGAAGCAGGAGUAUCAGGAGUGGGUGAUCAAACUGCACCAGGACAUGCAGAACCCCAAUAACAGCACUAUUAAUGAGGAGAUCAAGGUGCAGCCCAGUCAGCUGACAGUGGAGUCUGAGCCUGGGGCCAGGCUGUAUGAGGAGCAGCGACAGCUGGAGGAGAGCUUCACCAUCCACUUAGGUGCACAGCUGAAGACCAUGCACAACCUGCGGCUGGUGCGGGCAGACGUGCUGGACUUCUGUAAGCACCGUCGGCAUGGCAGCAGCGGGACCAAGCUGCGGCGGCUGCAGACUGCUCUGUCGCUCUACUCCUCGUCCUUGUGUGGCCUGGUGCUGCUGGUGGACAACCGGGUCAACUCCUAUAGUGGCAUCAAGAGAGAUUUUGCCACAGUAUCUAAGGAGUGUACAGACUUCCACUUCCCUCGGCUGGAGGAGCAGCUGGAGGUGGUCCAGCAGGUGGUGCUUUACGCCUGGGCUCAGAGGAGCAGCAAGCACAAAGUCCAGCCGGAGGUUCCUAGGAAUGGAACUAAUACUGAAGAUAAAAACAAAAAUUUGGAAAGGAAUCCCUCCAAUAUCUUACCAGGUGAAUUUUACAUCUCCCGCCACUCCAACCUGUCUGAGGUCCACAUAGUGUUCCACCUGUGUGUGGAUGACAACGUGCGCUCAGGCAACAUAACGGCCCGGGACCCUGCCAUCAUGGGCCUCCGCAACAUCCUCAAGGUCUGCUGCACUCACGACAUCACCACCAUCACCAUCCCUCUGCUACUGGUCCACGACAUGUCAGAGGAGAUGACCAUCCCGUGGUGCCUGAAGCGGGCCGAGCUGGUCUUCAAAUGUGUCAAAGGUUUCAUGAUGGAGAUGGCAUCGUGGGAUGGAGGGAUCUCACGGACUGUCCAGUUUCUAGUUCCACAGAGUAUAUCGGAGGAGAUGUUCUACCAGUUGAGCAACAUGCUGCCUCAGAUCUUCCGCGUCUCCUCCACCCUCACGCUCACCUCCAAACGCUGAGGGAGACACAGGACCAAUCACAUUGGCUUGGAAACUAUCAACACUGAGUUCCAGCAAACAUAUUUAAAUAGUUGCAUUUCACAGGUGUUAGUGUGAUGGAUGACUUUAUCAACCCCCUUGCAUAAUUAGCAUCUUGAGGCAAGGCGGCAUCAUCUCGGGGCAAGGUGACAUCAUCUUGCCAAAAAGAUAGAUUGUGUUGUUGUCGUCCGAGACGAGCAUUAUGCAGUUUUUGUGCAUUGCAGUGAAUUAAAGUGACGGCUCUGUCUGUCAUUAUUCCUCUCCACUCGAGUAACAGCAGAGGGCACUGUUCUCAGAGACAAAGCCCCCAACUCUCUGAUAGAUGUUUAUUCUACUUUGUGCCUAAACAUGGACUUUAUCUUUUAUUAUGAAACUUACAGUUGGCAUUAAAGUUGCACCCUAUUGAGCAUACACAAGUUCAGCACUUAAACUUUUCGAUGUGGCAUUCCAAUGAACUCAUUCCAAUUUACUCCGUGUUUACACCUCGGCGGUAAAUGUUUUUAGUAGAAAUCUAUGUAAGGAGUGUUGAAACUGUUUCAAGGAGAAUGACAGGCUGUGUAUAUAGUCACAAACUUACAUUACUGAUCUAAUGUGAAUCUCAUCUCUGUGAAAUGUUUCUGAUUUGACAUUAUUUACAUUUUUUUUACUGGGGCCUGAAGCACUGGAGUAUAGUCUACACCAUAUUACAGUUUCUGCACAAUUUUAUUUUCUGUUUAGGAAUAAUCCAAGAUUGGCUAAUCUCCCUGAAGCUAAUAUGACAUAGUAAUUGCAUUCCAUUUCUGCUUGGAUUAAGUCAUUUUAGGUAGAUGAAAUAAUUAUUAUUGUCAGACACUCGGGCUCCCGAGUGGCGCAGUGGUCUAAGACACUGCAUCUCAGUGCAAGAGGCGUCACUGCAGUACAUGGCUCGAAUCCAGGCUGCAUCACAUCCGGCCGUGAUUGGGAGUCCCAUAGGGUGGCGCACAAUUGGCCCAGCGUCGUCCGGUAUUGGCCGUCAUUGUAAAUAAGAAUUUGUUCGUAACUGACUUGCCUAGUUAAAUAAAAAAUAAAAACACUUUCCUGCCCUGAAUAUCAGUGUCAGUAUUGAGAUGAUUAAACAGAUCAAGUGCACUAAUCAAAACUGUCUUUUUUUAAGUUUAAGUCCCCCGAGCUCUCAAGUUGGUGUCGUGUUAACUUGCUGCACUUUUUAUACCGUACUGCAGUGGUGAGAACCCACAUAACGCUACGGAAAUGUGUCACUGAAUGCCUUGCAUUCUUGCCAUUGGUCUCGGUGGCCUUAAGUGUUGGGUUCCCUGGGGCAGAGGAACCAUGGUGCCGAGUCAGCAGCAUCAUGCACCGGCCGGGCCCAGUGUUUGUCCUUCCUCCUCCCUGGUGUUGUGUGCAGCCAGGCAGCCUGGAUUUCAGAGCCUCACACAUAGGCCCUCUGACGAGGACAGCAAAUCCCUGGAACAAUUGAACUCCUAGGGGGGUGAUUGCUUCCUGGGUUCAGGUACACAACUAGCCCUAUGUGGCACGUUCAUGUCAGACUAGUCUUGGUUUGACACGCUUUACUGACUUUAUAGUUCCCCAUGGGGAAAUGUUGUUGCAGCAUCAUGUACGUGUUUAAAUACAGUAGACAACAAAUUGACAAUACAAAAUUCACAAGUUGCACUCAGUAUAUACCAAUGAAAGAGACUAGCCUGCUGACCUUACUGGGUGGAUAGGAACGUUAGCCCGAGCUGUUUAGGAGGGAUAUCACACUUGGCACAAAUUAUUGUCUAGUUCUGUUUUUCCUGCUGGGGGUGGGUGCUCUGUUUACAGUACAGGGCCCUGGAUUUAAUCAAACUGGUAAACAAGACAUGAAUGCUCUUGCACAGCAAGAAAUAAAUUAAUUGGAGAUGAUUUUAGUUUCACACUGUUGAUUGAUGGCUUUUUCUCUGCCAAGGAGGGUUCAGAUAUGAGUAUUCACUUGUAUCUCGCUGUUAUCUGUUUUAGUAACACUUUAAUAAUAGCUUUGUUAUUGUGUAAAAUUGAGUUUAGGGGUUAUUGCUGCGACACAAGUGGAAUAAGGACCAUUCGAAAAAUGUGUUAACACAAUAUUAUUACUAUAGAAAUACUACGCCGGCAUGGAGUUUUACCCCUUCUGUAUAGCACAGAGCAUCCUGUCCACAUGACGCAGAAGAGACUCUUAUUGGCUCCCGAGAAGCUAACAACAGUGUGCUGUUUUAUGUUACCGUGCCAAUGUGGAGGAUUGACACAAGCUUAUGACUGUUAUGCAUAGAAACCAUAAGAAACUCAACAGAUUAUACAGUGAAAAUUGAUUUUAAAGGAACGUACCCAACCUCACCAGUUUAUAAUUGAAGUCUAGGGAAUGGCCUCCGGGGGGCUAGAUGUCAAUGCAUUAAGCAUGGAGGUGACCACAGGGCUAUUAAUCUCUGCCUACUUUGGCUUCAUUAAUGUUAAAUAAAGACUAGGCUAGUCUAUUAUUAAUAUUGGUAGUAGCUAGUGUUAUGUUGCCCAACUCCUUAUACCUCUGGGUAGGCAACAUGAUGGUCCUGACACCUGAUUUCAUUCAACAUGUCUUCUGAAAUUGUGUAACACUGAAGUAUACUGACCCCGCAGGUGAAGAAAACGGAUAUGGAGGUCCUGGGUUGGCAUAGUUACACAUGCGGUUGGACAUACUGCCAAAUUCUCUAGAACGGCGUUGGAGGCAGCUUAUGGUAGAGAAAUUAACAUUCAAUUCCCUGACAACAGCUCUGGUGGACAUUCCUGCAGUCAGCAUGCCAAUUGCACGCUCCCACAACUUGAGACAUCUGUGGCAUUGUGUUGUGUGACAAAACUGCACAUUUUAAAGUGGCCUUUUAUUGUCCCCAGCACAAGGUGCACCUGUGUAAUGAUCAUUCUGUUUAAUAUGCUUCUUGACAUGCCACACCUGUCAGGUGGAAUAUCUUGACAUAGGAGAAAUGCUCAUGAACAGAGAUUAAUUUGUGCACAACAUUUGAGAGAAAUACGAUUUUUGUGCCUAUGGAACAUUUCUGGGAUUUUUUAUUUCAGUUCAGGAAAAAUGGGAAUAACAUUGCAUGUUGCGUUUAUAUUUUUGUUCAGUGUUGAUGUAAUGUAAACAUAGCUUUGUAAUUUUGACAUGUGUCCCAUCUCUUUUUGUUUGAGUCAGUAUUUAGAAAUAAAAAUAAUUUCUUCAAAUGCCCUAUUGAGUUCACCAUGAAAAUAAAGUGAUUCAACUGUU